AUGAUCGACAACAGUUACUCGUACGUCACGCGGGACAACCUGCGCUACACAGACCUUAACGACGGCCGGUCGUACGCUCAAAUGAGUACCCUCUCGUCACCACCGUCGAUGGGAAACCGGCUCGGGGAGUACGAUCCAACGGCAUCACAUCUGACGAAUCAUCGUCCGUACGAACCGGCUCCACAGACGGCCUUCGAACGGUACGACACCAGUUAUCCACCGCAGCGAAGUAAUCUGUACUCUUCGUACGGUUACUCGCAGUCCAUCAUCGACGAAGAGCAAAAAUAUCUCGCAGCGGAACCACCGGCACCGCCGGAUGUUCAAACGGCACAGCAUCAUCUAGGUUUGACGGCCGGACCCACUGACCGUCAUCAUCCGAUGAUGAAAGUUGAAAUGGACGAAACCAGCGGACCGAUCUAUCCACGACCGAUGUACCAUUACGAUCCAACGUGCGGAACGAUGCCACCGGGCUUUUCGGCGAUCAAUCUAAGCGUUAAGGAAGCGAGUCCUCCAAUCCCGUACAAAACCAGCGGAACACCCUCUCCGAACCCGGGCAGUCGAAAACCUGACGAUCAUCGUACAAACAAAAUCUCUUCGACAAGUCCAGAACCGGGAACGAGUCCGCAUCAACGAAGUAGCCCGCAAGCAUCACUGGAUCUCAGUUCCAACAAUAGCGGUGGAACGAGUCCUCACUUCGCCCGCAACACCACGAACGGAGCAACGAAUGGAAGUAGCACCGCUGGCACCACCACUGCUGCGGCAACGAACAAUAAUAACAAUAACAACAAUACGAACAACAACAACAACAAUAACGCAGUGUAUACGAAUGACGUGCCGGAAUCGCGUACCACCUCGUCGGAAGUGGUAGGCCAAACGGAGUUUACCACUUCAGGCGAGCAGCGCCCGCUGGGAAUCGGUUUCGCCCGACCCCAGCCACCGUCCGCUUCCUACAGUCGCGAAUCCACGCCGGACAGUGGCGGUUCGUACUAUGCCGACACGUACCGCGACACCAGUGGUGAGUGCCCAUCCGUCAGCGGACCGGCAGACCGAGGAGGCCAGACCUUCUUCUCGAGCGAGAAUCUUUCUCCGUACUCUGCAGGCUACAGUCCGCACGCCAGCUACGGAAUGGUCGUACAGCCGGACUACGCCAACGGUUAUCCGGGCUACGGGCCCCCCAAUGCCUACCAGUACAGCGGACCGUACGCCAGCUCGCUCGGCACCGGCGUCUACCCGCCGUCGGUUCCGUCCGGCUAUCCGCCGAGCAGCAGCGCCAGCUUCGUGACGCCACCGGCCCUCGGGCAGCACAUCUCGCCGCACGAUAAUCUGCUGAAGGCGGGUCUCACCGGUUACCAGCGUCUCGAGCGACCACAGUUCCCCUCGCAAUCACAGGAACUGAAAUGUCCAACCCCGGGCUGCGACGGAUCCGGCCACGCAACCGGUAACUACAGCUCCCACCGGAGCCUCUCCGGUUGCCCUCGUGCAUCGAAACCUAAGAGCAAGCCCCGCGACGGACAGGAAUCCGAACCACUCAGCAGAUGUCCGAUCCCAGGCUGCGAUGGAUCCGGUCACUCGACGGGCAAAUUCCUGUCCCACCGAAGUGCGUCCGGCUGUCCGAUUGCGUUCCGCAACAAGAUGCAUAUCCUGGAGAAUGGUGGCACGAUCGAGCAGGCGAAGGCAGCGAUGGCACAGGCCGCGGCUGGCAAGUUCGAACCGUUCACCUGUCCGACGCCCGGUUGCGACGGCAACGGGCACGUAGACGGUACCUUCAGUACCCACCGAUCGGCCGCCAGCUGCCCGACGGCACAGCAAGGAGGGGGUCAGCAGGCCAGCAAGAAAGCUCGCUACAGUGACGAGGUGCUGAUGAACUCGUCGGCGACGGCCAAAUCGUUCAACGACCUGGCCACGGGUUACAAUCCGACGAAGAACGGACUGCUCGGCACUAGCGGCGGCUCGGCCAUCGUAACGGGAUCGUCUCUGGGCGGCGUUCUUGGCGGCUCAGCGUCGGAUGAUCUUCGUUCCAAAAACGAUCACUCCUCGGUCGUAAUGAGCGGCAGCGGUGGUCCAGGCAGUGGUGUGGUGGUUGGCGGAGGCGGAGGACCAGGGGGAGGCGGAGUGCCACCACAGUCGCAGCAAUCGAACGUUAUCACCGGAACAGGACAGCAGGGAACUGGCGGCGGCGGCGGCGGUGGUGAGGACAUUUUAACCUUGGACGAGGAGAUCACCGAGCUUAAGCGGGAGAAUGCCCGAGUCGAGCUGCAGAUGCUGCGGCUCAAGUCCAACAUCAACGCGAUGGAGUCCCAGCUGAACAAUAACGAGCCGAAGCUUCUCGAGAUUGGGACGCGGGGGAUCACAUGA